AUUGACUUUAUUUUUAUUCCAUGUUUUUAGGAGUGAAAAAUAAGACAGUCAUCAUGACCUGGACAAAUGAGAGCUCUUCCAAAGAGUUUAUACUGCUUGGCUUUUCAGACAGGCCCUGGCUGCAAAUGCCUCUUCUUGUGGUCUUGGUAAUAUCCUAUUCAUUCACCAUCUUUGGCAAUGUGUCCAUCAUGAUGGUGUGCAUUCUGGAUCCCAAACUUCACACACCCAUGUAUUUCUUUCUCACUAAUCUCUCCAUCUUAGAUCUCUGUUAUACCACAAGUACAGUCCCUCAGAUGUUGGUGAAUAUUUGCCGCAACAAAAAGACCAUCAGCUAUGGUGGUUGUGUGACCCAGCUCAUCAUUUUCCUGGCCCUGGGAGCUACUGAAUGUCUCCUCCUCGCUGUUAUGUCUUUUGACAGAUUUGUGGCAAUUUGCAGACCCCUCCACUACGUAGUCAUUAUGAAUCAAAGGCUGUGCCUGAGGAUGGCAGCCUUCUCCUGGUUCACUGGCUUCAGUAACUCCGUGUUGCAGUCUUGCUUGACCCUUUACAGGCCACGCUGUGGUCAUCGGGAAGUGGACCACUUCUUCUGUGAGGUCCCUGCCCUUCUCAAGUUGUCCUGUGCUGACACUAAACCUAUUGAGGCUGAGCUCUUUUUCUUUAGUGUAUUAAUUCUGCUCAUCCCAGUAACAUUAAUCCUCAUCUCCUACAGCUUCAUAGCUCGAGCAGUAUUGAAAAUCAAAUCAGCAGAAGGGCGGCGGAAAGCUUUUGGGACAUGUGGAUCACACAUGAUUGUGGUGUCUCUCUUUUUUGGAACAGGCAUCUACAUGUACCUGCAACCACCUUCUUCCACCUCGAAAGACUGGGGGAAGAUGGUUUCCCUCUUCUACGGAAUCAUCACACCCAUGUUGAACCCCCUCAUCUACAGUCUCCGAAAUAAAGACAUGAAGGAGGCCUUCAAGAGGGUGAUGUCAAGAAUCCUUUUCCAUAAGAAAUAA